AUGGCCGAAGGUGCAUCAUGUAGUACAAAAAUGCAACAUUCAGGUAGAGGACCAGAGACACAAAUGGGUUCAGUUUUUAGGACUUCAAGUGAACUUGAAGGACUAAGCCCAGAAGAAGCCGAAUUGAAAAGGGCUGAAUGGACCCAAGAACUUGCAAUACUGGAAGACGAAAUCGGUACUCUACGAUCUGUUUUAGCAUGUAAACUUCAAAGAAGUGGAGAACUCAAGGCUAAUUUAGGUAUAUCAGUUUGGAAAGAACUUACUGAAGAAGUCAAUCAGAGUCUACGUACAGUAAAAGACAGUCAAGUCUUCGGCAAUAUUGAAAAUUGUAUAGGACAAAUAAGUAAAGCUGUGACUAGUGCGUCUAUUUACCAGAAAACAGAAUCGGUGCUGAAAUCUACUGCUGAAAAAACUACAUCUUUGUUAGGAGGAAUAACUGACGGUUUGACUUUCAAACUUGGUCAGAUGAGGAACUGUAAAUCUUUCAAAUCGCUAGAAGAAAAAAUGGGCUUAGCCUAUGAAAAUGUCAAGACAAAAGUUUCGUCAGCUUGUUCUACAACUCCGAUUAUUCCUGAAAACUCAAAUAGCAUUUAA